AUGCGAUUUGUACAGAAAGUGCGGGUGGAGUAUUAUGUGAACGAAAACACUUUCAAGGAGAGACUCCAGCUGUACUUUAUUAAGAAUCAACGAUCGAGCCUGCGCAUAAGAAUCGCAAACUUAGUAUUCAAGCUCCUGGCCUGCGUCUUGUACAUCUUUCGCGUUUGUGCUGAUGGCGAUCCUAUCUCCGCAUCUUGUUUCGGUUGCAAGCCUGGGAACAAGACUGAAUUCGAGUAUUCUGCCAACUUGACGGAGGAAGAGUUUCAAGAACAUCCGAUCAUCAACUGGGAUGGCAUCAUUUGGGUAAAUCGCCCACUCUACUUGUGGAUCGUCCAGGUCAUCUUAUCAAUGAUAUCUUUCACCGAAGCUAUACUGUUGGCCUACUUAGGCUAUAAGGGUAACAUCUGGCAACAAGUGCUAUCUUUCCACUUCAUACUGGAAAUGGUGAAUACGAUCCCGUUCGCACUAACUAUACCAUUUCCACCACUUCGAAACUUGUUCAUCCCGGUCUUUCUCAACUGUUGGUUGGCCAAGCGGUCCCUUGAGAAUAUGUUUAACGAUCUGCAUCGGGCAAUGCAAAAGUCGCAGUCGGCGCUCUCCCAGCAACUAAUGAUUUUGUGCGUCACACUUUUGUGUCUCGUCUUUACCAGUGUUUGCGGCAUACAACAUUUCCAACGUGCCGGCCACCGUCAUCUCAAUCUGUUCCAAGCCACCUACUUCGUUGUGGUAACGUUUUCAACGGUUGGAUACGGAGACUUCGUGCCUGACAUUUGGCCAUCACAGCUCUACAUGGUCAUCAUGAUUGGGGUUGCUCUCGUUGUGCUGCCUACGCAGUUCGAGCAACUCGCCUUCACUUGGAUGGAGAGGCAGAAGUUGGGUGGAUCGUACUCCUCUCACCGAGCUCAAUCUGAGAAGCACGUGGUGGUGUGCUCUACAACUCUACACGCGGAUACUAUCAUGGAUUUCCUAAACGAGUUUUACGCUCAUCCACUGCUUCAAGAUUAUUACGUGGUGCUGCUGUCGCCGAUGGAACUUGAUACUACUAUGCGUAUGAUCCUCCAAGUGCCGAUAUGGGCUCAACGCGUUAUUUACAUCCAAGGUUCAUGCUUAAAGGACACGGAUCUUAUUCGUGCCAGAAUGAACGAGGCUGAGGCCUGCUUUGUACUAGCGGCUCGAAACUACGCAGAUAAAACCGCUGCCGACGAGCACACCAUACUGAGAUCGUGGGCUGUUAAGGAUUUUGCACCUGACGUACCUCAAUACGUCCAAAUAUUCAGACCGGAAAAUAAGCUACACGUGAAGUUUGCCGAGUUUGUUGUUUGUGAAGACGAAUUCAAGUAUGCAUUACUGGCCAACAAUUGCACCUGUCCCGGAGCCUCUACACUUGUUACCUUACUGCUGCAUACAAGCCGCGGACAGGAAGGACAACAAUCGCCAGAAGAAUGGCACCGCCUUUACGGCAAAUGCUCUGGAAAUGAGAUCUACCACAUUGUUCUUGGAGACAGUCGCUUUUUCGGUGAAUACGAGGGCAAAAGCUUCACUUACGCUAGUUUUCAUUCACACAGGAAAUACGGCGUGGCUUUGGUUGGAGUGCGACCUUCUGAGUUGCCUGAAUUUUAUGAAGACACUAUUCUUUUGAAUCCCGGCCCACGACAUAUAAUGAAAAGCAGUGACACCUGCUACUACAUGAGCAUCACUAAAGAAGAGAACUCGGCCUUUGUCGUUUCCGAUAAACAAACCGAUAACAUGCCGAAUUUACCAAAAGAUCAAACCGCCUGUAGUCUUCUAUCUAACGAAAAGAAACUCGAUGAUCCUGAGGAGGGCAGUAGCCGGCAGAGGAGAGCAGACGGUAGGAGCGCGCCUCAGUACGAACUCCCGCAAGUGAUUCUUCAGGCUCCCAUUAAUUCAACACCAAUCGCAUCGCCAUCCCGCAUCAAUCAAGCUAACACCGCAUCAUCCGCUAAUUUUACUCUUGCUGGUUCGAAAUACGGUGAGGGAACUUCCACUUCUGAAUCUCGUAGUUGUUUGAAGGAAUCUCCAGCUACUGAUAGCGCAAGCGAUAGUCAUCUACUUCUUCCGCGACCUGAUAACAGUAACUUUUUGAGCCCUGAUUCUCUGAACUAUCGUAGAGACAUGGAUGCAGGUAGUCGCAGACCAUCUAUUUUACCGGUGCCUGAUAUGGUGACAUCGAGUCUAAACAUAGCAUCUGAUAAUCAAGAUGAAGAGCCUGAAGUUGAUGAGAGCGAAGAUGAGCUCGAGGACAACGUACCGUGGCGUUCACCGUCAGAAAAAAUUGCAAUGUACAGAGAGUGCGUUUGCGACUGUGUGCAUUGUGUGUCGUACACUAUCGAGCGUAUGUCCCACGCGGGCGCGCCGUUCCUCUGCCGCAGCGAGGACCACAACAGCAGCUUCUCGUCGGUGGGGGGCAGCGACGUGCGCAGCGCCUGGCGCACCGACUUCUCGAGGAUUGUAAAAGGCUUUCCACCUGUGUCGCCAUUCAUUGGCGUGAGUCCCACUCUGUGUUACUUGCUGAAAGAGAAGAAGCCCCUGUGCUGCCUGCAGCUGGCGCAAGUCUGUGAACACUGUGCCUAUCGUAACGCCAAGGAAUAUCAAUGGCAAAACAAGACAAUCAUCCUUGCUGCGGAUUACGCAUCUAAUGGAAUCUAUAACUUCAUUAUUCCGUUACGGGCGCAUUUUAGAUCAAAAACUUCUCUGAACCCAAUAAUACUGCUGUUGGAACGUCGUCCUGAUAUUGCAUUUUUGGAUGCAAUUUCUUAUUUUCCUCUUGUUUACUGGAUGCUCGGUACAAUUGACUGUCUGGAUGAUCUGUUGCGAGCUGGAAUAACUCUAGCUGAGAACGUAGUGGUUGUGAAUAAAGAAUUAUCUAAUUCCGCCGAGGAGGACAGCCUUGCCGAUUGCAACACUAUAGUUGCUGUUCAAACAAUGUUCAAAUUCUUUCCAUCAAUUAAAUCGAUUACGGAGCUAUCCCAAUCGUCAAAUAUGCGUUUCAUGCAAUUUAGAGCGCAUGAUAAAUAUGCUUUGCAUUUGUCUAAAAUGGAAAAGCGUGAAAAGGAACGUGGUUCACAUAUCUCGUACAUGUUCCGAUUACCAUUUGCGGCAGGCUCCGUAUUUUCCGCCUCCAUGCUCGACACGUUGCUGUACCAAGCGUUUGUCAAAGAUUAUGUCAUUACUUUUGUGAGGCUCCUACUAGGCGUUGAUCAAGCCCCGGGUUCGGGAUUUCUCACCUCGAUGAAAAUUACAAAAGAAGACAUGUGGAUCCGUACAUACGGGCGACUAUACCAAAAAUUGUGUUCCACCACUUGUGAAAUUCCGAUUGGAAUCUAUCGUACCCAGGAUACAAGCCUGGCCGACCCCACGCACCACUUGCAGCAGGAGGCGGGGGAAGGCGGUGAUGAUGCGGCAGGGCGCGGGGAGCCGACCGGUUGCCUUGGUGGUUGCCACGGCGAGCGCACGCCAGCGUAUUCUACGAGCUUGGCGGAUGAAGCCAGAGACAAUCAUGUGCAACAAAUCGAAAGAGCCGAAAUUGCCAACCUUGUCCGCUCAAGGAUGGAGUCUCUGAACCUCACCGGCGUCGACUACGAUGACGUGAGCGAGAAAAGAAAUAGCCUGUCCUACGUUAUCAUAAACCCCAGUUGCGACUUAAACCUGCAAGAGGGAGAUAUAAUAUACCUGGUUCGUCCGUCUCCGUUUUCUGCUCAAAAAACAUUUGAAAGGCACAACAGCCGCCGUAAAUCUAACAUUAGCUUCUGUUCUCAAGCCAUAAUUCAAGCGCAAGGCGUUGCCAGUCGUCGUGGUUCCGUUAUCGGCUCAAGUUACAAUCAGCCUCGAGCACCUCCCCUUUCCACAACUAAAGCUAAUUCGCUGUCAUUGCCUGACAGCCCCACUAUUUUAACUGACUUCCGUGGCCGCUCAAACUCACUGCGUGUGGUCGACGAUAUUCUCCUGCGUCGAUCAAAUUCACUCCGUCAAGGACUGAGUGGCGUUGGACGGCGCAGAAAGAGUAGCUUAGAGGAGAUCGGCAUAUCGCAUUUCAAUUCUUUGCUUCAACACCAGCAACAACAGCAGCAACAAAAUGCAGCAGCCAUAAAAAUUGCAUUAAAUGGCAGCAUUGGGUUGGAAGUUACCCCACCAGAUGAGUGUCCACGAGACCGUAUGUUUUGUGGAAGUUCAAGCGCUGGAAUUUCUCUAGGAGGAUAUCAAGAGAUGGCAGCUGCACUUCCAUCAACAUCCAUGACUCCCUCGCUGCCGCCGCCCUCUCCAGAUCCUCAACACUUGCAGGGUACCAUAGUAUGA